CGGAAACUAAAAUGACUUCGUAGUUAAAUUUACGUCGCAAUAAGAGAGGGUCCGGCCAUGAGCUCCAGCAGUCCGAGCAGACAGCUGGCAGACGGACUGACUGCAUCCCCACUGCUGAUGCCUGUAUCGAGCUGAGAGCUGCAGAUGCGGACUGUCUGGGUCCUCCGUCUGAACUGAAUCCUGUUUGAACCAUAAACACAGGAGGGACCCCAAAACCAUGGACAAACCAGAGAGGUGUGCCUGUGAUGCUCAGGAGUGAGGAGGAGAGCAGCUGAGGAGGAGGAGAUGGGCUGCACCUCUGCCAAGCAGGUAUCUGCUGUGCCCGGUGGUGAGGAGAGCCAAAAUAAAUCCUACAGCAACGGGGACCUCCUCUCCGAUGAGUACAAGAUGAAAGGAGUGGAGAAAGUCAAGUACAUCAGCGGGGAGGAGGGCAGCGUGGAUGGCCAGGACACCACAGAAAAAAGUGCGCUCCUGGGUAAAAGUCAAAACACAGAUGAAACAGGGUCAAAUGGAAAUGGAAAGAUUUUGAGCAUCCACUCCUCAGAGAGCCAGCAGGAAUUCUUCAGGAUGCUGGAUGAGAAAAUAGAAAAAGGCCGGGACUACUGCUCAGAAGAGGAGGACAUGACAUAGCACUGUGGUCUGUCGCCGCCAGUAUAAAAGAGCUGUCACUCCAGUGUUUAAGAUGGACCGUACCAUGUGUUAACAUGUCCAGGAGGACUGUCUCUCCUUUUGACAGUCCCUUGUAUGUACACGCCUGACAAACAUGGAUUUCUGACUUGAAUGAAGCACCUUUUUGCCCUCCUUCUCACAACUUUAUUUAUACGUUGCCCCCAAAAUGAAGACAAAGUUUACUUACUUAAAUGAAGCCAUUACAGGACUACAGGCAUCCUGAGACUUUGAAUACACUCACUCUUCUUUUGCUUGGAUAAAUCCUUGAAGGUCAUAAACACGUGGCUGUCACAGAGACUUUCUGUUAACAUUUCAAAUGUUCAGCCUGUCAAAAACUUGCAUUUUCAACAGCAGCGGAAGCCAGUGCGUUUGUGGACACUGAUUCAAAGUGAAAUAAUGUCUUUAUGUGCAUCAUUUUGAACAUUUCAUCCUUGAACGCCUCCCUGAAAAGUCAUGGGGUUGAAACUUCCUGCAUUCCAAGACACAGUAUGAACCUCUUUUUUACAGUCUGAUGGCCAGUACAGUAUGUGCGUCUCUCCAUGUAGAGUAUUUAUGUUGAACAAGGCUCAGGGUUGAAGUGUUGUUAUUUCUGUCUCAUGUAGUCCAAGUCCUUCCUGUCAUUAAGACACUAUUGCACCAUUAAAAAGACACUCAUGCACUCACACAGUGGGCUGAUUGUCGAGCCCAGCUUCAGUGUGUUUCCAUGUUAACCCUAAAGGUGGACACGUCACAAGUCUCAUCAUGUGUUUUGCUCACCAGUGUAAUGUCAUUGUGCUCAGUUUCUAUGUUGAUUUUUGUUUUUUUAGAAAAAUAAAAAGUGAUUUCAUU